AAAAUAAAAUAACCAAAGAAACUUUGGAUUAAGGAAAUGAACAAAUGCACUGAUGUUGGUACAAGCUAGGGUUCUUAAUGAUGGGAGAAGGGAAGUUCUGGAAUAUAGAAAUGGAAAGGCAGAGAAAAGAAUCUUGUGAGAAUUGGAGGUGUCAAUAUGAAGACGUAUUCAUAGUAUAUUUAUAUAUUUCGCAGAAAUGGCCAAGCCGCAGUGGCACCACCCAGAUCUUGAUUUCUAAAUAUUUCCCAGUGAAGGGAACCAGAAACACUUGGAUAAAUGGCUGAUUAUAGGGAUGACUCAGGAAGGUACCAGAUCAGUCUGGAACAUCUUGUUGGACCAGAAAGUAAGGAAAUGCUUUUUUUUAAAAAAAAAAAAAAAAAAAAAAAAAAAAAAAAAAAAACCCCACAGGACCCAGCUUGAGGGAAAUUUCACUGGCCAAAUCAGGGAUCAUUUGAAUGUCAAAAUAGGUGAGGAGAGCAAUAGGUUAUAGCCAUUAAAUAAAAGAGGAAUACUUAAAUUUAUAUGUAUAAUAAAUGGGUAAAUAUUUAAAUAAAAUGGAAGAGAGGAAAGGACUUGUCUUUACAGUUAAUCAAUGUGGAAGGAGUAGUAGAAUUGAAAAAUUAUUUUGUAAUUGUCAUGGUAUUGAUUGGUUCAGGCAAAAAUCAUCCAACAGUUCUAACUCCAAGGGGACAGCUUGAUGCGGAGUAAGAUCUUUUUAUGGUUUUAACAUGUCUUCUCACAGAUUGCUGAUUAUUUGCAAGAGGGAAAGAGGUUUUAUAUAGCAGAGAAAGCUGACGACACCUUAAUCAAGUGAUCAAAAUCUUGUAGAAAAUUUCAGCUGUACCCCUUGGACUAGAAGCUGAAAUAAUAGAAGCUGUGUACGAUGCAUUAGGGUAUUGAAGAAAAUUAGCUUUUGAAUUAAAUAUUUGGAAUAUAAGUAAAUAAGGAAAGGUGACUGAAAAUGGGGCGGAAGAAAAUACAAAUCACACGCAUAAUGGAUGAAAGGAACCGACAGGUCACUUUUACAAAGAGAAAGUUUGGAUUAAUGAAGAAAGCCUAUGAACUUAGUGUGCUCUGUGACUGUGAAAUAGCACUCAUCAUUUUCAACAGCUCUAACAAACUGUUUCAAUAUGCUAGCACUGAUAUGGACAAAGUUCUUCUCAAGUAUACAGAAUAUAAUGAACCUCAUGAAAGCAGAACCAACUCGGAUAUUGUUGAGGCUCUGAACAAGAAGGAACACAGAGGGUGCGACAGCCCAGACCCUGAUACUUCAUAUGUGCUAACUCCACAUACAGAAGAAAAAUAUAAAAAAAUUAAUGAGGAAUUUGAUAAUAUGAUGCGGAAUCAUAAAAUCGCAUAUCUUAAAUGUAGAGGUGAAGAGAAAACAUGCCGAUCCAGACUUUGCUACUUCUUACCCCAAUACCUUUGGAUAGGGCACCUCAACAUCUUGAAUUCUUUCGUCGUCUGUAAACCUGGUUUGCCACCUCAGAACUUUUCAAUGUCUGUCACAGUUCCAGUGACCAGCCCCAAUGCUUUGUCCUACACUAACCCAGGGAGUUCAUUGGUGUCCCCAUCUUUGGCAGCCAGCUCAACGUUAACAGAUUCAAGCAUGCUGUCUCCACCUCAAACCACAUUACAUAGAAAUGUGUCUCCUGGAGCUCCUCAGAGACCACCGAGUACUGGCAAUGCAGGUGGGAUGUUGAGCACUACAGACCUCUCAGUGCCAAAUGGAGCUGGAAGCAGCCCAGUGGGGAAUGGAUUUGUAAACUCAAGAGCUUCUCCAAAUUUGAUUGGAACUACUGGUGCAAAUAGUUUAGGCAAAGUCAUGCCUACGAAGUCUCCCCCUCCACCAGGUGGUGGUAAUCUUGGAAUGAACAGUAGAAAACCAGAUCUUCGAGUUGUCAUCCCCCCUUCAAGCAAGGGCAUGAUGCCUCCACUAUCGGAGGAAGAGGAAUUGGAGUUGAAUACCCAAAGGAUAAGUAGUUCUCAAGCCACUCAACCUCUUGCUACCCCAGUCGUGUCUGUGACAACCCCAAGCUUGCCUCCACAGGGACUUGUGUACUCAGCAAUGCCGACUGCCUACAACACUGAUUAUUCACUGACCAGCGCUGACCUGUCAGCUCUGCAAGGCUUCAACUCACCAGGAAUGUUGUCGCUGGGACAGGUGUCGGCCUGGCAGCAGCACCACCUAGGACAAGCAGCCCUCAGCUCUCUUGUUGCUGGAGGGCAGUUAUCUCAGGGUUCCAAUUUAUCCAUUAAUACCAACCAAAACAUCAACAUUAAGUCCGAACCAAUUUCACCUCCUCGGGAUCGUAUGACCCCAUCGGGCUUCCAGCAGCAGCAGCAGCAGCAGCAGCAGCAGCAGCAGCAGCCGCCGCCACAGCCACCGCCACAGCCACAGCCACAACCCCCGCAGCCCCAGCCCCGACAGGAAAUGGGGCGCUCCCCUGUGGACAGUCUGAGCAGCUCUAGUAGCUCCUAUGAUGGCAGUGAUCGGGAGGAUCCACGGGGCGACUUCCAUUCUCCAAUUGUGCUUGGCCGACCCCCAAACACUGAGGACAGAGAAAGCCCUUCUGUAAAGCGAAUGAGAAUGGAUGCGUGGGUGACCUAAGGCUUCCAGGCUGAUGUUUGUACUUUUGUGUUACUGCAGUGAACUGCCCUACAUAUCUAAAUCGGUAAAUAAGGACGUGAGUUAAAUAUAUUUAUAUGUACAUACAUAUAUAUAUCCCUUUACAUAUAUAUGUAUGUGGGUGUGAGUGUGUGUGUAUGUGUGGGUGUGUGUUACAUACACAGAAUCAGGCACUUACCUGCAAACUCCUUGUAGGUCUGCAGAUGUGUGUCCCAUGGCAGACAAAGCACCCUGUAGGCACAGACCAGUCUGGCACUUCCUUGGACUACUUGUUUCAUAAAGAUAACCAGUUUUUGCAGAGAAACGUGUACCCAUAUAUAAUUCUCCCACACUAGCUUGCAGAAACCUAGAGGGCCCCCUACUUGUUUUAUUUAACUGUGCGGUGACUGUAGUUACUUCAGAGAAAAUGCUUUGUAGAACAGAGCAGUAGAAAAGCAGGAACCAAGAAAGCAAUACUGUACAUAAAAUGUCAUUUAUAUUAUCCAACCUGGCAUGGGUGUCUGUUGCAAAGGGGUGCAUGGGAAAGGGCUGUUGAUAUUAAAAAACAAACAAAACAAAAAAGCCCCACACAUAACUGUUUUGCACGUGCAAAAAUGUAUUGGGUCAAGAAGUGAUCUUUAGCUAAUAAAGAAAGAGAAUAGAAAACACGCAUGAGAUAUUCAGAAAAUACUAGCCUAGAAAUAUAGAGCAUUAACAAAGUAAAAUUAAUAUAUUAAGUUAUAAUUGGAAUAUGUCAGAAGUUUCUUUUUACAUUCAUAUCUUAAAAAUUAAAGAAACUGAUUUUAGCUCAUGUAUAUUUUAUAUGAAAGAAAACACCCUUAUGAAUUGAUGACUAUAUAUAAAAUUAUAUUCACUACUUUUGAACACAUUCUGCUAUGAAUUAUUUAUAUAAGCCAAAGCUAUAUGUUGUAACUUUUUUUUAGAGAAUAGCUUUAUCUUGGUUUAACUUUUUAGUUUUAUUUUAAGAGGGGAAAACAAAAAUAUCUUGCAAGCAGAACCUUGGAAAAAAAAAGCCAUGAACACUUAUUCUAUAUGUAAAUUAAAAGUUGAGCCAAACUCUUUGUGUAUAUAGCAUCUUAAAUAUAUUAUCACCUUUGAUGUAAGUACCUAUGUAUUGUAUGGUCACCAGAUUAAAAAGUAUAUUUUUGUGGAUUGCCGCCAAUUUGGGGGGAAAAGGCGAGGUCCUUUAUUAAGUAUUCACUGUUUAAUAUUUACUAUUUUGUUAAAUAUACUGUACUUUGGAUUUUAAUUAUUAGCCCAGUUUUUUCAGAGGAUUGUAUAAAGGGGUUUCUCCCCUCACUGGUGGUGAAUGUGUGAUGUUACAUUGUAAUCUUUGUGCUGUAUGGGUUGAGCAUCAUUAUAUAUUUUAUAUGUGUACAUAAAUAGCAAAGUGGCAAAAAAAUUGGUGUUAAGUUCAUCCUGCAUAAGUAUAAAAUGUGUUGUAACAAAUUUUAUAAGGCAUUAUUUAAAACUUGCCUUUUGUGAGGAAAAAAAUAUAGUAGAAAAAGCUGACCUAAUUUAAUUAAUAUUAGAGAAAAUGGCAAAAUAGUAGAUGAGCACAAAGGUUUUAUAAGUGGUAAAUGAUUAGGGGAAAUACUUGUGGGGAAAGGGAUCUUUUUUCCUUGACCGUCUGAAAACAGAAUGAUGCAGCUGGUUACAAAAUCCUACCAUUAUCAGCUCUUCUGCACAUCGCAGAGAGAAAGCUUUGGUAUGCAGGGAGAAACGCUCUUAAGGUGCCGGUCCUUGGCAUGACUCUUGCCAUUCUAAUUGGAAUUAGUGCCACCCUCAGCUUGGAUUUUGAACAAGGCCUUAUUCUUUCAGGAAGACAACUAAUGGAUGAUAGCAAGUUCAUCCACUUACUGGGCUUGUGCCAUGAGCAAAAUUCAAAGUCCUGUAUAUCUUUCAUUGUAGAUUUUUAAAUACUCCUUUUCCUGAAAAACUCAAGGGUUUAAAUAUUGCUAUUUUAUAUUUUAAACAAUACUGAGCAGCUACCUACAAUUUCUACGUACAUUUUAUUCCCCUCACCACCACCCCCAAAUUAUGUUCCUUUUGACAUUUUCCUCAUUUGCUGUUUGUGACAAGUCAUCAGCCAGAUUUCCUGACUGACACAUAGGUGUGAUCAGUGCAGGAGAAACCUGCGCACCACAGGCUGCAAACUGGAGGUUCUGUUCUCAUGGCAGUUUGGGCAGUAACUUUUGAGAGAGGCCAAAAAAAGGAGGAUGACAUGCUGUCUCCUCUCUUCAGUAUAGACAUUUGGCUCUUAUUCAGAAAGGAUUUUUCUUUAAGAAUGUACUUAUUUUACUGAACUACUUACAGGCACAUUUCUUCAUAAGACCACACCUAAUCCAAACAAGACAGUCUCCCAACACUGAAGUUCCAAGAUAAUCCUUACCACUUUGUAAACCAUUUAUAGCUUUGAAAGUGUUAAGUGAUUCCUUCGUUAUUAUUUAUGCAUGUUCAUGAACUUCUGCUGUACAUUGGAAUAGGAGUUAACACAUUCACAUUUACUGUCUAUUUUCUUGUGUGCCUUAUGAGAUGGCUUUUCUGACUGUAUCUCAAUAGUCUUUCUUUCUAUGCAGGUUUAUAAUCAGUACAACUACUGUUUUCUAAAAUAAUACUACUCAAGGCUCGGAGUUUGUAUUUAAAUUACACUGACCAAGUAACAAUGUAUUCCAUUUCAGGAACUGAAUAUUUGACUGUUAACCUUUUUCCCAUACGCCCAGUGUGGCAUGGAGCAUAUGGACUUGACAGACAUCUCUCACCCAGACGCUCAUGUGUGAACACACCCACAUCCACAUCUCUGGGUGGAAACCAGCCUAGAGUGGGGACGACGCUAAUGGUGUUGCUUUAGAACCGUCUUUUCUUACCCUUUUAGACUCGUGUUUUGUAUGAGACACCAUUGCAAAAAAAUUGUAUCCCUCCAGAAGUAUUUUAUUACUAAAAAACAAAAGCAAAAAAAGCUUAGAGUAAAUUGCACUGGUUAAAGUACAGUUUCCAACAGCUGUACUUCUUCAGUACUCUAAUCGCCACUCCUGCGAGUGAAAGUCACCAUUGUAUGUACACAGGUGGUCCCAAUCAAAACUCCAUCUUUUGAGCCCAAUUAUGUCCAUUGUGUUAUAGACUAAAUCAGGGGUUUGUUCUAAAAGAACAAUACAUGUUUUACCAUUUCCUUUAACUAGAAGGACAACUAGUAAUGCAUUAACAUAAUUUCUCUAUUAACCAUCAUGCGCACAAGAAAUACAUAGUAAAUAAGGAAACUGAAAACUCCUGGCAUUGGAUCUUAAGAAGCUAGAUGAUUAGAAUGUGAAAAAGAUUUUACAAAUGUAAAACUUCUAUUUCUCUGUAGAAACUUUCUUCACUUUGCUGUGCAAGAAGACACUGCUUUGCUAUAUUUAAAAUGGCUUUUUUAAAAGAGAUUUAUGUAUUUGGUAAAUGUUUGUAGUCAACAGUUCACACAAGAAGCUGUACACGGUUUGAUCAUGUAAAACCGUUUGGCGGCACAAGCUGGACUUUGUUGCCAUCCUUGAGAUGAACCUUUUAAGAAAAAUAAGUUAAUCUCAAUUUUUCCCUGAAUGUGUUGUUUUUCUUCAUUAUACAAUAAAUAUAAUAGUGAACUUUUUAUCAAAUGGUGAAGACAA